AUGGGUUUCUUCUGUUGUAAUCACAAUAGACUUGUAGAAUUGUUUACAAUAAUAUUCACAUCAGUUAUUAGCAAAUUUGCACUAUCGGAGGCAUCAUCAUCAAUUAGCAAAGAUGCUAAAAAUCAAAUUAUCGAUUAUGACACAUUCACGAUUGAAUUAAAGAAACAAUUUCAAGAUUCCUUUCUUGGUUCAUUGUGGAAUAGCAUCACCCGAUCCAAAUUAAUAACACUGGAUGAAAUAUUGCUAUUCAUCAAGAGACAUCCACCACAAAUUGAAAAUGUCGAAAAUCUUGUCGGCAAAUUAAAGAAGGAAUUUAGAAAUGAAAUUUUGGAUUCACAAUUGAAAAGAGUUAAAAUUGAGGAGUCUCUGGGGUUGACUAUUGAAGCAGAAUUUGUAAUUCAAAUGCCAGUGGAAUGUGAGGUAAUGUGUUGGGAACCAAUCAAGACAAAUAUGUUAAUUCACAGAUUGGAAAUUUGGAUUUCUAAACAAGCUGUUCUGAGAAUGAAAUUGAUUUGUAAAUCUGAUUUGAAAGGAUGGAAUGAGAAUAGUUCACUUGAGUGGAAAUAUGACAAACCAGAUAACAUAUCAACGAGGUUUAAGCAAGGAUUUCUAACAGAAUUGAUUACAUUUUCAGAUGAAAAGGUUUCUAAUGGAUUGCUGAAUGGAGUUUUUGAAAUUUAUGGUGGAACUGAUAAGUUAUUUAAAUAUUGGAAAGAGAAAAAGAUUUCCUACUCAAUCAAGACUGGAAGAGGUGCCAUUCUAUCAAAUUCCAAGAUAUUAUUCAUGUUUUUCAAAGUAAUAUUUGGAAAUGCCAUUUACAAUGUUGAAAAUGUGAAUUAUGAAAAGAUUGAUGCAAUGAGGUAUUAUGUGGAUUUCAACAAUUAUCUUAAACCCCCUCUGAAAGCUCAAAGAAUACGUCUCAGUAACAUUUCAUUCUAUUCGGCAUGUCAGCUAGUGUCCAAAUUCCAUCCAUCGCUAGCUCUAAACUAUCACAAUAUGGUAACUAAUUGCAGAGGAAAUGCAACAAUUGGAUUGGAAGUGAAGAAAAAUACUUGGAUUGGAAGAGCAAAGAAAAAGAAAUCAAUCUUUGAUGAAAAAAGAUUCAUUUACCGAUUUGAAACAGCUGUCUACGAAUCCUAUUCGAAAAUGCCAAGGAAUGAUUAUCUGCCACUUGAAGGAUUUGGCGCCAUUACUCCCUUCCACAAAAAAGAAAUCCAUCUCGUUAAGAAAGUGAAAUUGAAAUUUCUCUCCAAAAUUUAUGAAUUUAGUCGAGAUGCUUUGAAGCUCACUAAAACACGGCCAAAAAUUAUGUACAGACUAAGUUAUGUGAAUCCACUUGUGAUUACUGGACAUUUUGAGGGCACUUUACAAUUCCUUUCGAAUGGUGAAACGCUGCUGUGUGAAAGUAGCUUUUUCAUUGAUACGAUUCUUGGAUUUAUUCAAUUGGAUUUGAGUCAUUUCGGGUUGGGUUGGUGUAAAUUUUACAAAAUCAAUUCUCAAAAUGCUCUUGAAAUAAGUGUCAAAUGCCCCAAAGAUGUGUCCAUUAUUUGCCUAAGGUAG